GAGUCACCGGUCACCCCCUUCCGAGACUAACCUCACGUCCUCACCGUUCUUCUCCCGUCCCCCCUCCGCUCUCCACUUCCACACACGCCCCACGCGACCAACCACCCGGUCUCUGUCCCUUCCCCGCGCGAUCCAUCCAGCCCACCGACGACGACGCGCGAAGCGAGCCCUAAGCGCGCGCGCGGAUCUGGGGGCUCACUCCCAGUCCCAUGAUCCCCCGCCGCGCCGAAGGGGCGCGGCGCUGCUGAGAUGCGGAGCGACGCGCCGCCGCCCACCGCGCCCUCGGCCUCGUCCUCCUCCUCCUCUCCGUCUCUCUUCGGCGGCGGCGAGCUCUUUGAGUCGGGGGCCCCCUCGCCCCUCGUUUUCCUGCCCCUGCUCCUGAUCCAGGGCGGCGGCAUGGACCUCUCCCGCGUCGGCGAGAGGCUCCUCGGCUCCGUCCGCUCCGCGCGCUCCCUCGGCCUCCUUCCCCCGACCCCUUCCUCGGCCCCUCCCCGCCCCGAGGUUCCAGCUCGAGCUGCUGCUGCCGCGGCUGCUGCACGUGCAAUCGCCGGUUUGCCGCCACACGAGAGGAUCAACCUGCCGUCCAAUUCGGAGGACCUGGUCUCGAUCUACGGGAGCAACCCGCAGGGGCCUGCCGUGGAUGAGCUUGAGGAGGUUUUCUAUGAGGAGGAGUUUGACCCGAUAAAGUUCAUUUUGGCAAAUAUUUCCGAAGAAGGCAGCGAUGCCUCCUAUUUUGAUAAGCAGUCUACUUUGAGGUUAGCACAGCUUGACAAGAUUGCAGAACGGUUAUCACAUCAUGUUAUGGGUCACCAUGAAGAAAUGGUGAAGGGGAUGCAGUUGGUGAUGGAGUUAGAACAAGACUUAAAGGUUGCGAAUGUAAUCUGCAUGAAUGGUCGAAGGCACAUAUCCUCCUCCAAGAAUGAGGUGUCAAGGGAUCUGGUUGUCAAUGUAAAAUCAAAGAAGAAACAAGCUUUGCUGGAUGUUCUUCCUGUUCUUACAGAACUUCGACAUGCUCAAGAUAUGCAGUUGGAGCUUGAAACUUAUGUUGAGAAGGAAAAUUACUUUCAGGCAUUUCAAUUAUUGCCAGAGUAUUUGCAAAUCCUGGAGAAUUAUUCAGGACUUUCUGCUGUACAAGAAAUGGGACGAGGGAUUGAGGCAUGGUUAGCACGGACAAUCCAAAAAUUGGACAUCCGUUUGCUUGGAGUUUGUCAAACAUUCAGUGAAGAAAGCUAUCUAACCGUGAUUGAUGCAUUCGCACUGAUGGGUGACAUUGUUGGCAUGGCUGAAAAGAUGCAGAGUUUCUUUUUGCAAGAAGUACUCUCUCAGACACAUUUUGUCCUGAAAGAAAUGUUGGAAGAGGAGGUGGGAAAUAAUACGCAGAGAAAUAGAUUUACAUAUAGUGAUCUGUGUGUUCAAGUUCCUGAGUCCAAACUUCGCCCCUGCUUGUUAAAAACUCUUGAGAGCAUAUUUUCAUUGAUGCGAUCUUAUUUUGCUAUCAUGAGCUUUUGCCCAGAUGAAAAGAAUAACACAUCUCAGAGUCCAAGCAAAACUUCAGCUGAUUCAGGAAAAGUUCAUUCAAGUGCAGUAGUCAAUCAGGAUGGUUUUGCAGCCGAAAAGAGUGACAGAACAUCAUCUUCUGAUGUCAACAAUCCUGAUACUAGCACAUCAGGAACUGAUGCUCCAUUCUAUCAACUGAGAGCAGAUGCUACAAAACUUGUUGCAUAUACAUUUGAAAGGGGGCGGAGAAAUCUCUGGCAAUUGGCAACAAGUCGCUUGUCUGUUUUACUGUCUUCUUCAGCUGUUUGUUCAACUAGCACAUACCAAUUUCUGAAGAACUAUGAAGAUCUCACCAUAUUCAUUUUGGCUGGUGAAGCAUUUUGUGGGUUUGAAGCUAGUGAGUUCCGGCAGAAGUUGAAGACUGUCUGUUUGAACUACGUAGUGACCUUUCACCGGCAAAAUAUAUAUGCACUUAAAAUGGUACUGGAAAAGGAAUCUUGGACAAUAAUGUGUGCUGAAGCUUCACAAAUAAUUAGUUUAGCAGGACUUACUGGUGAUGGUGCUGCGCUGAUUUCGCCUACCAGCCGUAGUUCCACCUUGCCAACAUGUUUCCGUGGAAAUAUUUCUGUGUCUAAUAUAGGGAGGCAAAAGAAUGGAUUUGCUUCCUGGUUUGAGAUUGAAAACCCUUUUUUUUUCAAGUUAGAGAAUGGCUCCACAGAAUCCCCCAAGUCUAAUGCGCUGUUCAACUCAUCAGUUGGCAAUAAUCCUGUCCAUGGUAGUCAUGGUAAUGGAAAUAAUUCACCUUUUGAUGAAGAGAAUGAGGACCUUCUCGCUGAUUUCAUUGAUGAAGAUAGCCAAUUGCCCAGUAGGAUCUUGAAAACAAAAACCGUUAAAGGCAAUUCUUCAUAUUGGAAAGAUGGAGACAUUUCAUCGCAGACAGGAUCAUCACUUUCUUUAUUAAGGAUGAUGGAUAAAUAUGCCCGACUUAUGCAAAAGCUGGAAAUGGUCAAUGUUGAGCUUUUUAAGGGCAUUUUCCAACUUUUUGGCAUUUUUUAUCUCCACAUAUACGAGACAUUUGGGUACCAGGACAGGAGUCAAAGUGGCAAGCCGUUACUUGAUUCCCAAUCAUUUCGGCUUAAAGCUGCUUUAUCAAAAAUAACACAAGACUCCGAUCAGUGGAUCAAACCACAGAACAGUCUGUAUGCACCGUCAUCACCUUUAUCAAUAAAUUCGACUAUCACUCAUAUGGAUGUGAUGCCUACUGCGCCUCCAAGUUCAAUGUUCACCUCCUAUGGGUUAAAGGAGAGGUGUGCAGCUGCCGAAACAGUAUCAUUGGUUGCUCGAGUUUUGAACAGAUCUAGGUCUCAUCUACAUUCAGUGUUGUCUCAAAAUAACACUUCUGUUGUUGAAGAGUUUUUUGGCACACUGGUGGACACUGUUCCAGAUUUGGCUGAGCACAUUCACAGGACAAGUGCACGGAUGCUUUUGCAUAUCAAUGGGUAUCCAGAUAAAAUAGCAAAUGCCAAAUGGGAGGUCAAGGAGCUUGGAAUAGAGCACAAUGGAUACGUUGAUUUGUUAUUGGGUGAGUUCAAACAUUACAAGACAAGAUUGGACCAUGGAGGAAUUUCCAAGGAGCUCCAACAACUCUUGCUGGAGUAUGGCAUAGAGAGCAUCGCAGAAGUUUUAGUGGAAGGACUCUCUAGAGUAAAGCGGUGCACUGAUGAAGGACGUGCCUUGAUGUCACUUGACCUUCAGGUACUAAUUAAUGGUCUGCAACACAUUGUAUCAUCGAAUGUUAAGCCGAAGCUGCAAAUUGUGGAUACUUUUGUAAAGGCUUAUUAUUUGCCGGAGACGGAGUAUGUUCACUGGGCACGAUCUCAUCCAGAGUACAGCAAGACUCAGGUCGUCGGGUUGGUUAACCUGGUUGCCACCAUGAAAGGAUGGAAAAGGAAAACGAGGACAGAAACCAUUGAGAGGAUUGAGGCGGGACCAUAGAC